AUGGCCAACUUCUUUGGUCAGAGUGCUACCUACGACGCGAUCGAAGGACGAUUCCGAAGAUAUCGAAAAAUGGCCGAUGAGCUCAAGCAGGAGGCCCGCGCGCUCGGCAUCACCAAUGCCCUCCCGGGGCGAGGAUCGGGUGGAUCGACGCCGCGAACCCCGCGGGCCACUCGAGGCGUCACCAAGAAAUCGUCUACUGGCAAGGCCCAAAAAGGCACCCCAUCCAACUUGACAUCUCCCACCCGACGCGCGAUCGCCUCUCGCUCUGGAAAUGGGGGAAUGAGCACCCUGGACGCCAUCUGUUUAGAUGACACCUCCGAGGAUGACCAGAAGGAUACAAAGCUGAAAACAGACACCAGGACUGGACCAGCAAGGCUUGCAGACGCUCCUCUUUGGGGGCAGCAUGGCGCUGCUGUGCAGGACCAGGGUGGGCCUGAUCUGGAGAUCGUCGGGGCGCCCGUCCCUGCCGAGGACAUUUUUCCCAAGCUCGAGGAACGAGAAAAUUCGAUGAGUAUCUUCUCAUCCUUCCCAUCCUUGGAAGGCUUCAAAGGUAAGGAGGCCGAUCGUGACUUCCCGAGUGUGGCGCCCUCAAUGGGCUUGAGCAGAACUGGCACAACCCUGGAACAGACCAACAUGAAUGAGGAUCCUUUCUACCAAUCUGACCCCUACUUCCCCAUCAACCAUGCCGCCUACCCAAUGGAUAACACGUACUUUGAUGAGGGUGGCAUGGCAUAG